AUGGCCACUGAACUAGUAGAUGCGCGGCGUCGCUCGCAGUCGCGGGCUUCGACCAGCUCCAUGCACAGCGGCAGCACGCAGCCCAAUCUCGAACACAGCUUCCCCGAACUGUACUCUGCGACGCCAUGGCUGGACGAUGGCCACGAUCACAGCCAGCACAACAACGCUCAUGCUCACCAUCCGCAUGCCGGUGCCGGCCAGAUGAUGAAGGCUGGCCUCGCCGGCGUCCACCCUCUUACGCCUGAGGAUAUCAUCCUGCAAGCCGCGUCGCAACUCGAGGCCAACGGCGACUUCUCCGGCCUCGACGCUUCUAUGGCCACGUCGGUUGGCCCCGCGCAGUCCUUCCACCACCACGCCAACGGCCUUGGUCAUCAACACUCCCUGCACGGAGACACCAGUUUUGGCGCGGACGCCAGCUUUGGUGACCUCGACAGCCAGAUGGAACUGACCCGUGAUGGCAAUGAGGAUGGCGAUUCGUCUUUGGCAGCGGGCAUGGCCGCGAACGCUCCCAAGCCCUCUCGUUCUAGUGCGAACAACGAGUUGGAGAUGCGCCAGUUGUUCAAUGCCAACAAGGCGCGUAGCCUUCAGGAUGUUGCUGAAGAGCUGCACGGUAACGAGCGUGGGCCCAACUCGGAGCGCACUCGUCAGGUGUUUGCGAUGCUUUGGAUCAACCAGGUGUGCUCCAAAGGCAAGGGCUCCGUCCCACGUGGCCGCGUUUACGCCAACUACGCAUCGCGGUGUGCUAAUGAGCGCAUCACGGUGCUGAACCCUGCCAGCUUCGGCAAGUUGGUGCGCGUCCUCUUUCCCGGCCUGAGGACCCGUCGGUUGGGCGUUCGCGGCGAGUCGAAGUACCACUACGUCAACUUUACUCUGGCCGAAGACGGCCCUGAUGUUCCAGACUCCCCAAGGCUGCAGGUCCCUUUGUUGGACAGCCUGAAGCAGCAUCAAGAGGCUCAGUCAUCCGGCUCGGGCGAAUAUGUGCAGUGCCUUUACAACCAGCCCGACGCGAUGGGCAUCGACCAGCUGAACGCUACUGCCACAAGCAAGACCAUCCAGAACCUCUUCUUGGCGUCUAGUACCGACACGGAACCGUUCUCGCAAUCCGACCCCCUUGUCUUGCCUCGCAUCGAACCUUUCCUCCCGAGUGGAACAGAUCCCGAUGCGGCCAAGUCUCUCGCCGCCCUCUAUCGCUCACACUGCACAUCCUUGGUCGAGUGCAUUCGAUACUGCAAAGAGAAGACGUUCUUCCACCUCUUCACCUCGUUCCAUGGCACACUUACCAUGCCCGUUCAAAAGCUGUUUGCCAACCCGGCGGUGGCCCCGUGGAUCGAAGAGAGCGAUUUUGCAUUGUAUCAGCGCAUGAUGCGCAUCAUCUCCGGCCUGACGCUUCAGGUCGUGCCUAAGCCCGUCUUGGACACGCUGAGGAACAUCUCAGAACGGCUCGUGUCUCACAUACGCGAGUCCUUCCAGGGUCAGCCGUCACAUGUUGUCCGGGCCAAGGAAGCUCCCGCCACGAUCUUCGCUGGCUUGCUGGACCGCGCCCUUCGUGUCAACCUUACAGCACAUGCUGCCGCCAAUAUGCUCUCCAACCCCGCCAAUCGCGAUCAAAUGUACCUGGAUUGGAUUACUCUUGUUCGCGUGCGUAAGGUUGCCGAGUCUGUCCCCGCACGUGGCAUGGACGACGUUGUAAACCUGCUCAUCUCACAGUUGCGUGAUCUUCUCGACCCUGUCGAGGUUCCUUGGGAACUGGAGUCGGCUACUCUGUACGGCGAGUACGCCGCACGCAGCGGUCGCCGGUUAGAUAAUGAGAACACCGUUGAUGGCGGCGCGUCCAAUGUCCUUGACCGCUGGGUCAGCCUUCUGCAGUCACUUCCCGGCCGCUUCCCGUACGCAUCUCACAGAGACAUUGUGUGGUGCGUGCAGCGCAUCGGCACUGCGGUGAUGCGCGACUUGACUAUCCAGCAGGGCAAGAGCUUUGGAUCCUGGUGGGUCACCAAGUGCUGGAUUGACGAGAUGGUUGCCUUCCUGGCGGAACAGGGCGGCUUCCUGCGGCAGACCUCUUCACACCAAGAUCUGCUGGGCAAUGUCCAGGGCAGUGGUGUGUCCCAGAAAAACACUUCUGCCGGUCGGGAUGCAAGCCGGUCUGGCGCUCGGUAUAGCGGUGCCACGGACGACGCAAACUCUCCGCAUAUCCCGCAAUCACAGCCUGACCGUGCUCCCUUCCCAUCAGCCCCUAGCCACAGCUCAACAACCAACCAAGAGUCUAUGAACAUGGCAAACGGAAACCAUGAUGACAGCGGGAUUGGCAUCCGCACCCCCGACGAAGACUUUCCGAUGGACAAGUUCAGCUUUUCAAACGCCGACAGCCAAGAACUGAUGGUCAGCGCUGGCCUGCAUUAA